UUAUUGUUAGCUUGUUAGCUAGCGGAGGGGCUCGCGAGAUGGCGACAUGACAGAGUAAUAACGACGUCUUAUUACAUGUCUGUCAUAAGCCUAUUACCAGCCUUCAUCCGAUGUUGGUGAUGGAUAACGGAAGAAGGUCUGAUGCCGCAGCCACAUCCAAGAAGCAUUUAGGCACUCCACAGCCGCAGAUUCUAAAAAACGAAGAUCGUUAUGAAGUAGCCAUGCCGCUGGAGGAGAGCAACUUUGAGCAGCAAGCAGGAUUUUUCAACCAAAGUGGCCAAAAUUUUGAAGAGUCGGCGCCAUCUGCUGGCCCAUCUCACGUCAGCAGCUCCUACAUGGUGAUCACAAACCUACGGACACAGCUGCAGAUUUCUGUGGAGAAAAACUCCUGGCUUCAGAAAAGAAUUGAAGACCUGGAAGAGGAGCGGGACUUUCUGCGGUGCCAGCUCGACUGUUUUAUCUCGUCCACAAAGAGUCAGCGUCAGGAUCGGGGUCAAUACAGUGACGGGUACGAGUCAAGACGGUUCACUUGGAGGGGAAGGAGAGAGGAUGAUCGUCCUUCUGAGCAAGAGAAGACGGACUCGCCGCAUUUUCCCUCUCGCCAAUUUAUCCAACGCAGGCCCGCUGCGCCACCCGCGGCUCCCUCUAAAAACCUCGUCUCCAAUCCAGUAAGCAAUCAGAUGGCCUCCAUGAAUGCCCUGUUCAGCCCGUCACACUCCGCGGCCCUCCUGCAAGGCCUCAGCACCGCUUCAGUCAGUGGCGGCGACGCCACCCGUGCCACGAGAUCACUGAUGAAUGAUGUGAACGGCCAUCGAAACUUGCGUGCAGAUUCGCUUUCACUCUUGGGGGAGUCGGAUGAGUACUUGGAGCAUGAUGGCUUCCUAGAAGAGGCGGAAAUGAUAUCAGGAGAAGGUGCCAUGCAAGAUCCCACCGACAGCAACAAACAACAUUUAAAGAGAAGGCGGAUAUUCCGGGGCCUUCGAGAGAGGCAAAGAGUAAAAGACGCAGCCGGAGUGCUUUUCCGCUACAAGAAGAUCCUCCUCACAUACCAACGACUAAAAAACAUGUCCAAGGCAUUCCAAAUUCACGGUGUGGACCGCAACACGGUGGCCUCCACCACACCCAUCGCCGAGCUACUGCUGGUGGCUCCCGAGAAGGUAGCCGUGGUGGGAGAGUUUGACCCGUCUAAAGAGAAGCUGCUGGACUAUGCUCGACGCUGCUACACGGCGCUGGACGAGGAGACGAGGAGCAGGGUGCAAGCCCUGAAGAAGAACAACCUACUCCUGCCCAUUUCCUACAGGUUCAGACAUUGACACAAGAACCAGGUCAACGACCAGAGGGGUUGACGGAAGGACGUCCGCAGGCACGGAGAAGUAUUUUGUUCUCUUAGGGCUUGAUUUACUGAAGCCCGCCGUGCACUGAGCAGCACAGCCGAACGCAACAAUAACAAAAUAUUGAACGCCUCUUCCACUAACACUUCCAAUUCCAUCACUUCAAACUUCAUUUUACACUUGUGGCACUCUCCCAAAUUUUUCCAUGGUGGGACCAUCAAAGCAUUUAGCACCCGCUUUCUGGGAUCUCGGUAAAUCAGGCCCCUGCCAUGGUAAAACUGCUUUGUGAUUAUUUAUUUACAUUUUUUUUAACGUGUGUCAUAAACAUGUGACUCAUGGGGCCUUGUUUUCAUGUGCAAGUCGAGUGCAAGGUGCAGUCUAACUGGACGCACGGAGUUUUCUUCCUUUUGACAUUUUCAUACACGGCCGUAGAGGCGUCAGUUUUUACGGCGAGUGCACAGAGUCUUCGAAAAUAGAGUCUGUUGUGUCAUCUUCUGUCUGAUAUGGAGAUCGUUUUCCGUAAAUUCCACGCCCUCCACGUGUGAUGUAAAAAUAAAACCUUAACAUAAAUAAGUGUGGAUGGCCUUUGUGAUCCACGUAAAAAUAAUGUAUACAUCUUUAAAAAACAAAAUCGAAUGUGUGAUACAGUUGAAAUCAUUCCCAUUACACUUUAUUUUACUAACGAUAUGGAAUUUAAUAAAAAUCAAAUAAUA